AUGGAUAUUUCUUCCAAAAUUUUACUUGACUCUACUAUUGAAUCAAAUAGGGAUUCAAAAAACAUCAUCUUCAGCAGAAUAAAGGAGAUCACUCUUGAAACCUUUUCCAAAUAAUUUACUGAUGAGAUCCAUCAUUUGUAGGCAGAACUUAGAUCUGAAUAAGCUCUGAAUGAUUAAAUAAGGAGAGAAUUUUUAGAAAGAGAAUAAAGGAUAUUAUAAGAAUGCGAUUCUAAAUAAAGAGAAUUUCAAUUAUAGUAGAUUAGAGAAAUCUAAAAUCUCUAAGAUUUGCUAGAAGCUCAGGAAUCCUAAUUUUAAAAAUAUCAAUUAUAAAAUGAGAAACUCAAUAAAUAAAUCAAAGAGAUGUAAAACAGGGAUAUAAUAAAAGAAAACCUUUAACUGAGUGAUCAACGAAAUAAAUCAUUGAGUUCGGAUAUAAAUGAGUACAGGUAAAAAAAUGAAGCACUGAAUUAAUUAAAUCAGCAAUUAGACAGAUAAAAUAGAGAUUUUAAGUUGGAUUUUGAGAAGGUUCUAAAAGAGCUAUCCGAUUUGAAAAAAAAAUCUUAAUAAUAGAUUGAUCUUAAUGUUGAACUAGAUUAAGAGAUUGAGUCAUUAAAGAAUGAUAAUGAAAGACUUAAAAGUAAAAAAUUACAAGAUUAAUAAAAGUCUAAGGAAUUAUUGGAUCAAUUGAAAGAGAAGAGCAAUAAUAAAAUUAAUGACUUAAAAAAUAAAUUAAAUUAAGCUUAAAAUAUCCAAUUAUAUUAGUAGCAAUAAUUAGAAGAAUUUUAGGAAUAGAUUAAGGAAUCUGAAAAUUAAUUAAAUUAAUUACAAAUAAAUCAUAAAUAAUCGACAAAAUCACUGGAACAUUAGUAUAAAAACUAAUUCCAAGAAAUAGAAAUUCAAUUUAUUAAAGAAAGGUAAAUCAUAGAAGAUAAUCUAACAAUUCAAUUUGAAUAAAUUCUUUUAUCUAAAGAAAAAUUGAUAUAAGAACAAAACAGAGAACUCAAGUAAAUAAAAGAAAGGCUCUAUUAAUAUAGUUUAGAAUUUGAUGGUUUACAAAGACAAUGUCAGCAUUCAUAAUAAUAAGUUAUAUCAUUGUAAAGUGAGAUAUAAUAAUUAAAUGUACAUUCAGAAGAAGUUCAAAAAUAAAAUAGGGAAUUAGAUUUAGAAUUAUCAAAAAAGGACUUAAAAUUAAAAAAUUUACAAUUAGAAUUGGAUGAUAAUAAAAUUGCCUCAGAAUAAGCAUUAAAUAAUUUAAGGGCGAAUUAAAACUAAUUAAAUGAAAUUGAGAAGGAAAAGCAGCAAUAUCAAAAAUUAUUUCAAUCAAUUUCUGAUGGGUUGGAAAUAGAAAUUCCUGGCAGUUUUUCAUAUUAAAAAUUAGGCUAAAAAGUUGAAUUGAAAUUAAAGCAAUUAAGGGAUGAAUAAUCACAAAAACAAGAAGAAUUAAAGAAAAUUAAAGAGUAAUAUAAUUUAGAGAUUUAAGAAAAAGAAUCAAAAAUGAAGUUAUUAUAAGAUUACUGUAAUGAUGAAAAUAAUAAGAUAUAAAAACUACUUCAAGAAUAGUAGUUGGAGAACAGAAAAUAGAAGAAUGAAUUCAAGUAAAAGUUAGAUGAAUAAGCUAAAAUUAUCAUUGAAUUGUAAAAGGAUCAAAUCGAGAGUAAUAACUAAUAAGAGCUAUUAUAAAUAUAAAAUUAAGAAUUAGCUUAGGAUCUUGAGAAAAUAAAUGAAGAGUUAAUAGCUGCAAAAUAAGACAUUAAUGAGUUACUGAAUAGAGAAAAAUUUAAUUCUGACGAUUCAAAAUAAAUAAUAAAUUAAAUCUUAAAUGAGAAGAGCUAAAUAUAGUUAUAAUUAGAAGAAGCGCUCUUUAAGCAAAAAACAUUUAAAUAAAGAAUUUAUCGGGUUUUAAAUAAUUAAAGAGAAUUAAUGAAUAAAUAGAUUUAGGAUAUUAAAAAUAUGUGUAUAAACAAGUUAAAGUAAGUAGAAAGUGAAUGCAAAAUAAUAUUACAAAGCCUAUUUAAAUAGUAAUUAAUGAUAACAGAGAAUAAAAUAUAAUUGAUAGAAGCAGAGAAGGAAUAUGAAAUUGAAUCAAUGAAUUAAGAUAUCGAAUUAAAAAUUGAAAACCUUAAAAAAUAAUUUAAAUAAUCUGAAUUAAUAUUAUAGGAGGAAAGCCUAUUAAAAUUGAAAUAAAAACAAUAAUAAAUUGAGUCACUUGUUAUGUCAAAAACUAAUGAUAUUGAGUUACAAAAUCAAAUUUAAUUGUUAACUAGGGAAAAUGAAGAAUUAUAGAAAUAGUUAUUACUUUAAGAAUAAUUGUAAAUCGAAUAAAAGUAAAAUUAUGAAUUAGAAUUAUAUAAUUUAAACAAACUAAUUAAAGAAUAAUAAGAAGAAUUAAUAUCUUAAUAAUAGUUUUCAGAAUAAACUAUGAAUAGAGAAAGGCAAUACUUUGAAUAACGAUAUCUGGAUCUUAAAUCAAGACAGGAUAAAAAAAUGGAAUAAAUUCAAUCAGAUUAUCAACUUCAAAUUAACCAAUUGGAGAAUAUAAUUUAGUUGCCCUAAAAAUAGGUAUCACCAAGUAGAGUAACUCAGAAAUCUCCAUUUCAAAAAUAAUAAAUCUUAGCAAUCAAUAAACAAUUUCACAGUAGUAGUACAAUCAUCAGUACUGGAAUUAAGACUCCAAAUAAGUAGAUAAAAUAAAUUGAUAAUACAGAGAAAACGAUAGAGGAUUUGAGAUCAGAAAUAUAGUAGUAGAAGGAGAAAUUGAGUAAAAUGAAAUUGUCAUUUACAGAAAGUUAGAAAAAACCUUAUAGGAGAGUAUGA